UGCCACGAAAAUAUAUUUGAGUCUCUCUACUUCAAUAAAUAAUUAGGGCUAAUCUUUUUUUACGACGAGUAGCAAAAGAAUCUAGGGUCCUCCCUCACCUUAUCUCAUAGCGUUUCGUUGAUUCGUUUUGUUCUCGACAAAAUUAUCAUAAGAGAUGCUAUCAGAAGCGGGGAUUUGUCGGAAAAACGACAGGAUCAGUGCGUUGCCUGACGAUCUACUGUUGCAGAUACUGUGUCUAAUCCCAACAAAAGAUGCGAUGACCACCAUGAUUUUGUCGAAACGAUGGCGUUUUGUCUGGACGAUGUUGCCUAAACUCGACUACGCAGAUGGCUACGAAGACGAGAAGAGCAACCCCGAGAAAAGUGUUUGGGACUUCCUUGACAAGUCAUUACAACUCCACAAGGCACCUUCACUAGAAAGCUUGCGUAUCAAUCUGGGACAACAAUGUCCGGUUGAUGUGGACGUCGGAAAGUGGGUCUUAAAUGCGGUUGACCGUUUCGUUCGAGAGCUAAUUCUACAGAUUAGAUUUAUACCAACAGCAGAUCCUACCAGCUUGCCUAAGAGCCUUUACACCUGCAAAACGCUUGUGAAAUUGACUCUAUCUGGCAAGAUUUUUGUUGAUGUUCCUUCAUCGGCUUGCCUACCGUCCCUUGAAUCUCUUGUCCUUGUUUCUGUGGUGUAUAAAGACGAAGAUUCUCAGGAGGAGACGAUUGUACGAUUCAGAAUAUGCCUCACCUUGAUGUGGCAAUUUUGUUAGUUGGUUCUUACCCGACUAACAAGUUUCUGAGAUCUCUGUCCUCAGUCAGGUGUCUAGAUUUGUCUUUGAAUGAGGUUGCGUGUUGUAGUGCCAUUAACUUCCCUCGGCUCAUAGAGUUUAAGCUGCAUACAGGUUUUUCAGACAAUUGGUUGGAACCAUUUAUGCUUUUGCUUCAUAACGCUCCUAAACUAAAAGCUCUUAUGAUAACCUCUGUAAGUACCUCUCACUACAGGAAAUGUGGGUAUUGAUAGCACUAAAAAAUAACGGUUUUUAUGUCUCUGCUAUGUUUGACUUGAUCGUGAUUUAAAGAUAGCGUUUUUUGAAUUGUAAACGCUAUAGAUGAUUUAAGCGGGACAUGCUGAAAUUGGCGCAGCCAAUUUUCGGGUUACUAAAGUUUAAUUCCCGCUAUUGAAUCUGUUAAGAGGGAAAAAUGUGAAAUUUUGGCUAAGGCAAAAUAAAUUAAAACAAGAAACAUCACUUUUUCAUUUUUUUCUUAAGGCAAAAUAAACUUCUUCUCUCUCGAUUUCUCACAGUCAACAACACAUCUCACUUGAUUUCACUCGAAUUCUCCAAUCUGCAACUCAAUCUCAGUCGAUAUCUUUCGAUUUCUCUCGAUCUCCAACAGUCUAGUACUUCGAUCUCUGUCUCAAUCCUUCAUUGUCACUUUUCAUCGAUCUUCAUCCGUGAAGAGCUUGGUGAAACUUCUGUUGAAGGUUUAUGAGUUUCAUUUUGAUAUAUCAAUUUUAAUGUUUUGGUAAAUAAUUGAUAUCUAAUUGAUCUCUAUGUGACUGUUCUUGACUUCUUGCAACUGAGUUACGCUCAUGAGAAUAACUGAGUUACAUGUUUUGGCAAGAUGUCGCUUGCUUGUGAUCUUGUGGUGUCAUCCAGGAAGUGGAGAUGUGAUUGCCCGCUCAUCACAACCUUUAUUUGGUUUGAUGAUGAACAUGAGGAGGUGACAGUGAAGAAUCCAAACCUCUUGUUGCUUGUGGUUUCGUUACCAAAUCCACCACCUGAAGCAAUGUCCUUUGAUGGACUUCCAUUAGGAGCUAUAG